GAGUUCCUUCUUCCUUGUGUACUUACUUUAUCGUAGAACAGGUAUUAGGCCAUUUCUUUCUGACGCUUGACAAACGCAACGAGGACCCUAACAGAGCGAACCACAUUUUCAUAACGCAUUUACACUGUUCUCCUCCAACCGGGCCAAAGGAGUGAGUGUCUCCCAAUAUUAUAUCAUCGAGCUUCGUCUAUUCGAUUUGUGCUAGUGCAUAGGAUACUCGUGUUUUUAUGGACAAACUGGCGCGUUUUUUACGGACGGCUCACUGGCAACAGACGGGCCAAAAUACAUAUUUCUGUGAUGACCCCAGAUUAAACGCUUUAUGGGUUGAUCUUAUUGAGGAUCUGCCGGCAUCGCUGAGAGGCUACGGACUCCAGGCGUGGAAAUUAAAUGGAACAAUGAAGAUACUGGAACCAGAAGGUCCGAUUCCUUUCCAGAAAGAAACUAUUAUUACCGGAUCGCUUCAUUUUAUAAUAGCGCUUCCUCCGACAAGAAGAAAAUAACAUAACGCUUUGCAUAACGUGACGGAUUCGUUAAAA